UAUGAUUGACGCUGGAACUCCUUGUGGCUUUCUUGUGAUGUGGGCUCAGGAGAGAGUUUAAAUCCCGAUAAAGAAAGAAAUACUGGAAGCGAAAGAGGUAUUCGGGCUGUACCUGUCAAAACCUUGUGUCAAACUCCAACCAUGCGGCAAAAUAUACGUCUCGCACGCCUCAGCCGAGCAGCUUCCCACAGAAAGAGACGAUAAAUUACUUCAUUUACAUUUGAAUGUAUACAUGUAUUUUUCCAAAAUAGAGGAUUUGGAAGAAGAAACCCGUCUCCCUUCUUGACAGAUUCUUCAAACGACCUUGGGAAGCUCAACUUAAAUGUAAGAGCAGCGCUAUGUCAUGGAGAAAAACACUGCAUUGCCUGGCUGCUGAUGAUGGCAUUGAGGUAUACUUGCAAAGCUACAAGGCUGCUGUUUUGAAACUUGGAUUGUGUCUGCCUUUUGUUGGUGUGCCAUUUCCUUUUUGGAUUAAACUACUAAAGAACUGGCAACUCUUUGGAGCUGAAAACAUUCUCCAAACAGAGCAGCACUGAGGGAAGGAUGUGUGUAAGGCUCUCUCCGUACAAUGGAUAAUAUCGUGGCAAAGGUGACUCAAGACUAGACCACAUUCAGCAGGAUUUCUAUGGCAGGGAGUGGCAAAAUGACACAGGAGAGCUGGAUCAAACGGAGGCAAUUUCACUGCAGCUGUCUUUCCCACCAGCAGUGAUAUCUAGACGGACCCAACACUCACUCCAACCCUGAGCUGAGAGAAACAGGAGGCAGCACCAACAAGGCCGUUCGCAUUCUGGUGAGUGCAGUGUCUGGAAAUGACAACCAAGAGGAAGAUCAUUGGCCGCCUGGUGCCCUGCCGCUGUUUCCGUGGUGAGGAGGAGGUCAUCUCCGUGCUUGACUACUCCCACUGCAGCCUCCAGCAGGUGCCGAAAGAGAUCUUCAGCUUCGAGCGCACGCUGGAGGAGCUCUACCUGGAUGCCAAUCAGAUCGAGGAACUGCCCAAGCAAUUAUUCAACUGUCAAGCACUGCGGAAACUGAGCAUACCUGACAAUGAUCUCUCCAACCUGCCUACCACCAUAGCCAGCCUUGUAAACCUAAAAGAGCUGGACAUCAGUAAAAAUGGUAUUCAAGAAUUCCCAGAUAAUAUUAAAUGCUGUAAAUGUCUAACAGUUGUGGAAGCCAGUGUCAAUCCAAUUACCAAGCUACCAGAUGGUUUCACCCAGCUUCUAAACCUAACACAGCUCUUUUUAAAUGAUGCCUUCCUGGAGUAUCUUCCUGCAAACUUUGGGAGACUUACCAAAUUACGCAUUUUGGAACUACGAGAAAAUCACCUGAAAACAUUACCAAAGUCAAUACACAGACUGACACAACUGGAGAGGUUAGACCUGGGCAGCAAUGAAUUCAGUGAGCUGCCUGAAGUCCUGGAGCAAAUACAGAACCUAAAGGAGAUGUGGAUGGAUAACAACUCACUGCAGACAUUACCGGGGUCUAUAGGGAAACUGAAGCAGCUGACAUACUUGGAUAUGUCCAAGAACAGGAUAGAAACCAUUGACAUGGAGAUCUCUGGCUGUGAAUGCCUGGAAGAUCUCCUUCUCUCCUCCAACAUGCUACAGCAGCUGCCUGACUCCAUAGGAAUGCUGAAGAGGCUGACAACACUGAAAGUAGAUGACAACCAGCUGACAUCACUGCCAAACACCAUUGGAAGUGGACGCGGCAAAUUAGGUUUAUCGCUUUUAGAAGAGUUUGAUUGCAGCUGUAAUGAGCUUGAAUCCCUUCCUCCGACAAUUGGCUACCUGCAUAAUCUACGAACAUUUACUGCUGAUGAAAACUUCCUUACAGAGCUGCCUAGAGAGAUCGGAAGCUGUAAGAAUGUCACUGUCAUGUCUCUUCGCUCCAAUAAACUUGAGUUCCUGCCUGAGGAGAUUGGACAGAUGACGAAACUGAGAGUUCUGAACCUGAGUGACAACAGGUUAAAGAAUUUGCCUUUCACUUUUACAAAACUAAAGGACCUUGCUGCACUCUGGCUAUCAGACAAUCAGUCUAAGGCCCUAAUCCCCCUUCAGACAGAGGCCCACCCAGAGACGAAACAGAGGGUGCUGACGAACUACAUGUUUCCUCAGCAGCCACGGCAUGAUGAAGAUUACCAGUCAGACAGUGAUAGUUUCAACCCUACAUUGUGGGAGGAGCAGAGACAGCAGCGCAUGACCGUGGCCUUUGAGUUCGAAGACAAGAAGGAGGAGGAGGACAACUCUGGGAAAGUGAAGGUUGAAAUCAAUCUGAAACGGUAUCCCACCCCCUAUCCAGAAGACCUGAAGAACAUGGUGAAGUCUGUUCAGAACCUGGUAGGCAAGACCACUCAUGCUCUGAGCACGGAGAAGUGCACAUCUGGGACCAACAUGGAUCACCAUGGCAAGGACAAGUAUGAGCCCAAGUGGCCCAUCACAACAAAGGAGGUAACAGUCGAGGUCACAGAGAGGGAGGCCAAAGACUUCCAGAAGACACAAAUGGCAGAGCAAAGCACCAUCCACAACUCAGCCAUGGAAAUCACAAAACGCAAGGAGAAAGAGGAGCUGACGGAGAGUUCUGAGAUUUCUUUACAUCGCGUCGUCCCCAAGCUGCAACAGCCAGAGAAUACGGCCCUGUCCCUUACAGCUUCCUGUUUCUGCCUCAUAGAUUCCUUAGGAGGUUCCCCAAAUGACAUACGGAUUUCUGACAUGCGCCCCACUUUGGUGGAGCCUGCAUUGUACAAGCCAAAAGUUGUACUGAUCGGGAAAGACAAGAAAGAGUCCACUGAUGAAUCUGAUGCAGAUAAAAUGCACUGCCUGAACAACAGCGGCUCCUCUGCAACCUACUCGGACUACUCUCCCUCCCAAGGCUCAUCGGGCUCCUCCAACCCCCCUGGCAAUGUUGGGACCCUGCAGCCUGUCACCAAGGAUGGGGCCCCUCCCUCUCAUUGGACUAACAGGCUUGCUCAGUCAUUUCCUCAACCCAUUGAAACCAAGCCUUUGCUGAGCCAGAGGGAUACUCCUCCUUCUAGCACGUUGCAGCAGCGGAACGAAAGGCACGCCUUGAGUGACACCUUUGACAGCUGGAACGACAGCACCCAUUAUGAUAACACAGGCUUUGUAGCUGAGGAGCAGCCCAUAGAGAACCCCAGCACUAACCCCAUGCUUGGCUCCAAAACCAGGAGUGUGUCCACUCACGGACGCAGACCUCUAUUGAGACAGGAGAGGAUAGUGGGUGUCCCCUUGGAGUUAGAGCAGCCCUCCUCCCACACAUUUCACAGUGUGCGGAAUACACCUGAAACUGAAGUGCCUCCUCCUAACCCUUGGCAAAACUGGACAAGGACCCCUAGCCCCUUUGAAGACAGGACUGCUUUCCCUUCCAAGUUAGAGAUCACCCCUGCCAGCAGCCCAGCCCCAGACCGGAAGGAUUUUGAGCAAGAGAUGAGCGAGUUGCCAGGCACUUUUCCCUCCACUGGAGCAUGGGGUUUCCUUGAUUCCAGAGAUUCGGGAACAGCACGAAACUCCUCCUCCAAUGUCUUUACGCACAUCCACUGCCGACAGGACCCCGCAAAGGGUGCCAUUGUCAUUAGCAAAAGCACAGAGCGGCUGUCCCCCAUGAUGAAGGAAGUUAAGGCCAAGUUCAAGAAGUCACAGAGCAUUGAUGAGAUCGAUAUCGGCUCCUACAAGGUUUACAGCAUCCCUCUGGAAAACUAUAGCUCUAGCAUGGAAAACCAAGGCAGUAUGGACAAACAGGAGCUUCCACCGCCACCGGAGCAGAGCAUGUCUCGCAGCCAGUCAGCUCCCAUGCUAGAUGAUGACCUGGAUGGCUAUGGCACUGGGAAGGGCUCCCAGCAGCAGAAACCUGUGAUUCCCAAAAAGGUGUAUCACUUCGACCAAAGCUUCAACCCUCAGGGCGCUGUGGAGGUGGUGAAGCCUGAGAGGAGAAUCCCUCCUCCUUUUCCCAACAACCCGGAGUACAUGAGCCAGCAGAACAAAAACAUUCCCAAGGAGUUGGUGAGUCCAAGGGGUUACCGGGGAUAUCCACCCAUGGAGCAUAUGUUUUCCUUCUCCCAGCCGUCGGUCAACGAGGAUGUCAUCGGUCAGCAGUUCCCCAGUCAGAGGUCCCGCUUCCUCAGGAGGGCAGAUUCUCUUGUCAGCUCCACAGAGAUGGCCCUCUUCCGGAGGGUGGCCGAAGCUCAGGAGCUCCCACUCACUGACCGGUACAAUAGGACACAUUUCAAAGGUAUGCUGGAGCACCAGAACAGCUUGUCCACCAUGGUUGAGUCCCAGUUCCACAAAAGGAAUGGUAGGUAUGAGGAUGAGUACUCUUCAUAUCAGGAGCCAAAAAAGUCUGCCACAGGUUUCCCAGCCAAGAACUUGACUCAGAGACGGCCGCUGUCAGCCAGAAGUUAUAGCACGGAGAGCUACGGAGCCUCUCAAGCCCGGCCUGUAUCUGCUCGGCCCACCAUGGCUGCUCUGCUGGAGAAGGUGCCCUCUGACUACAACAUCAGCUCCUGUACAGAGAAGAACGCAGAAAGUGAAUUGAAAAUGCGCCCUAUACCCGUGAAAGGAGAUGAGAGCUCCUCAAAAAUGCCGGUGGACUGGAGGCAACAGCUUCUCAGACACAUUGAAGCAAAAAGAUUGGACAGAAAUGCUGUUAAACACAACACAGUUAACAUCGGCAUGCUGUAUUCUGGACGCUAUUCUGCUGCACAUGCCAACAGAAGCAUAACUUUAAACUUUUACAAUAACUCAAAGCAUGAAAAGCAGUGGCUACCUCCACAUACACCCUCCCAGCAGAGCAACAUCCUAGAUAAUGGACAAGAGGAUAUGUCUCCCACGAGCCAAUGGGCCCCUUAUUCUCUAGGCAGAAGAGAUGUGCCACCAGAAAAUAUCAUCAAGAAGCUCCCUGACUCUUUGCCUAACGGGUUGAAUUACCCACAGGCAGGUAGCCAUCCCCUCCAAACGCAGACCAUGAUCGUGACCUCAUCCACCGCAACCCCCCCACACCGCUCUGCCAGGGACCAGCAGUACGAGGGGGCCAUCAACAAGAUCUCCAUCCAGCAGUACCAGUCGCCGCUGCCAGUGCCCAUCUCCACUACCAGCCCGCGCGGCCCGCCGAGUGGGCGCUGCCUCAUACAGACCAAAGGGCAGAAGAGUAUGGAUGGAUAUCAAGAGCAGUUUUGUGUGCGGAUAGAAAAGAACCCUGGUCUUGGUUUUAGCAUCUCGGGAGGAAUCAGUGGGCAGGGAAACCCCUUCAAACCGUCAGAUAUGGGUAUCUUUGUUACUAGGGUACAGCCUGACGGACCUGCCUCCAACGUGCUUCAACCUGGAGAUAAAAUCCUAAAGGCCAACGGACAUAGUUUUUUGCACAUGGAACAUGAAAGGGCUGUGUCUUUACUGAAGAGUUUCCAGAAAACUGUGGACUUGGUAAUCUUGAGAGAGAACACAGCCUAAAUAUUUUUUAUCGCAGCAUUACUUUUCACAUGGAAGGGACAUUUAAAAUUAUAUCCAAGUUAUCAAAACUCAUUUUUAUCUAGGAACAACAUUUGCCAAUUGCUGGACCAAUGGCAAAUACUAGUGCCAAAUGUAUAUUAGGAUACAUAUCUAAUAGUGUUACAAAUGGAUAUAAAGAACACAAGGUUUCAAAUUUAAUGUAAAUGUGAUUGAAUUCAGUUAUAUCUAUCAGCCUGAGGCUGUGGAUUGGUGCAAUUUUUUUUCUUUUGGCUUUUAAUUUUUUAAAAACAUUUUUAUGUAUUUUUUUUCUAAGUAGGGUUUCAUUUAGAUUUGAGAGCACGAAAGCACACAAGCUGUUUAGGAAUUACAUUCACCAUAAGCACUGCCUCAACUUUGUAUAUGCCUUUUGUAAAUAUAUAUUUACUUAUAACUUACAAAACAGGAGUAUAAGAGAGCUGUAUGAAGAAAGACAUAGAAAAGUAUUAUGCUAUUUUCUUAAAUAUAUAAAAUUUAUAGAUGCCCCACGGAAACCCUCUAGGAUAUCUUAAAAGAUUUAAAAAAUAAUCAAAAAUACCCUUUUGGAUAUUAAUAUAUAUGUAUAUAUUUUACCCCCUCUUUUGGUUUGCCUUUUGAUAUACAUUUAAAAUUAUUUUAAAAAAUGGGUUUAAUGUUGAUGAAUAUCUGCUUUGAGUGUCGUAAGAGUUCCAUAUUUGCCACAAGUUAGACUGUGUAACAGUGCCAUCUGCAGGAUAAGAGUGGCACAUCUCCACAUUGUUCUUCCUUAACAUCCGUGAUAGUCACUUGUACUCCUGAAGAGCUUCAGUGCAUCAAGAGUUAUAGGGAAUUUCCUGCAGGACCUGGAAACACUGAUAAUAUAGACCAGUCCUUCCCAAACCUGUGUAUCUAUUUAUGACCCUAUGAGUCCUGUCUUUUUUUUAGGACAAGUUCUUAGUUGCAGGCUAAUUAAUUACCGUUUUCUAUACAAGACAUAUUAUUGAACCUAGUUUCAGCACUUAGUUGAACAGGAUUUUAAAAUUAACAACUAUGUUCCAGAUUAUAAGUUUCAGAGCUCCUUUUAUUCAUGUUUGUUAUCUGAAAUUUAAAACUUCCAUUGUGGGGGUGUUUGAUACUCCUCUCUGUCUGUCCUAAACUGAUCAGAAAGAUAGCAAUAAGGGAGCAUAUUCUUAAUAAGAGGAGAGACUCUAUAUUGCUCUGCAAGCUGAAACUGUUGGAAUUAAUUUACUUGAAGGCAGGUAUAUUGUAGAUCAAGGACAGAUUGCAGAAAUAAUGGGCCUAAACAAGCAAGCAGAUAAUUUAAAGACAAAGUUUAGUACCACUGAUUAUGAAUAAAGUCACAAAGAGUCCAGGGUGGGAAGGAAACCAGAAAGCCCUACAGGAACAGGAAUAUCAGUGCUCUAUGUAUAAAGAACAUCCUCUGUGCAGGUCUGCAGAGGUGCCAUGGAGACUUCUAGCUGCUGCUUGGGUUUACGAGUCCUGUCUGACACAAACAGUGCAAGAAGGAAAUAAAAAGAUCCUUUAAAAAGACAUCUCCUCCCUCUUUCUAAAGUUAUAUAAAUGAAGUGUAUGUUUAACCUCAAUAUACUAACCUUGCAUUGUCCUAGAGAAAGGAAUAUACCAGGCUCUAAAACAACAAAAACAAGCUUUCUUAUUACUAAUUGUAACUUCGGAUUUUUAUUUUUCGUUUCUGUGAUACUUGUUGAACUAUUCGGCAGUUAUUAUAUUGUGCACAUACUUAUGUCAGUGGCCAGUAUGCUACAUUAACAAAUACAAAAUUCAAACUCUCCUAAAAGUGAGAAAAACACAUACAUAAAUUUAAGACUAUACUGUACACUUCAUUGUUAUGGAAAUAGAUUAUUAUUUUUCUGCAAGGUGGAUUUCAACGUUUAUUGAAAACUGAUCUGUUAAGAAUUAACUCCAAAUUACUGUUGAAUAGUUUUCAGAAAUGGAAAUCUUAAUCCCCCAGUAGAACAGGUGCACUUUACAGUGUUCUUGCAUUUUUCUGUGUUGCCUCAUUUACUCUUUCCCCCAUGUUCAUAAAUGUGCCAUUCGCCACACAUAGAGGAAGCAGUAUUAUCAAAGAAAAAGCCUAACCACACCACACAUCAUCCCAGCUUUUUUCAUUCAUUCAUUUCUGUUUCAAUUCAUUUUUGUAUAAUUGGGCUCUCCAGCUUGUUAAGAAAAUGUUAAACAAAAUCUGUUGUCCUGAAUGUUGAAAGAUCUCUUAUACUACCUAGGUGUUUUGAUUGGGUAGUGCCUUUUUCCUAACUUCCACCCUUCCUUUAGUCUCCUAACUUCCAGAACUUAGCAAUGACAUUUUCCCCUGGAUGCCAACAUUUAAAACAAAGCUCUAAUCUACACUAGGGACCAAGAGGAGGCAGCCAUGGGGUGAACAGUAGUUACCCAGCACUCAGCAUUACUCAUUUGUAGUAUGAGGAUGUGAAGGAUGUGUCAUUUUUCAUAAUACGCAACACAUUUACGUCAAAGAGCUGUUAACCAAAACACCAUCUCUGGUGAAAACCUCAGAAACAGUAGUUAGAAGCAAGAUAUUGUAUAUUUGAAAUAUUUUCCUGAAAUGCAUAAGAAAAAGGACACACACAGAUGCCCUAAAAGUUUUCUAAUGGACAGUCCUGUAUAAGAGUGCAGUAGAAAUCCCUGUAUGAGUGACCAUCUCUUACCAUAAUAACUUUACCUGCCCUGUACUCUUGAUUUUAAAAGCAGCAGCAGUAACAACAUUUUUAAUUGGUGAUAAGUGCCUUGUGGUACAAUCUACAGUAUACCCCUUAACAAGUUCUUUUCCUCCACAUGUUUCUUUCUGGCACCUGGGCAACCUCCUGCACACAGGAAGGGUCUUUGAGAGUUGAGCACUGAAGGCAAGUGAUCCUCCAUUUAAAGUUCUUCAUGUACUGUACAAGGUGCCAGAGUACAGAUCACAGCUUGAGCCAGUGACUUCUUUCAGUGACAAUACUGUAUGUCAGCCUCACAGACAGAUGGCUCUGACGCAUCGACUAUACCACCUAUUUUCUACAGGUGGUUUCAAAGUUUGUCUAAAUUUUAAUACCAUAUCUCCAGGAACCAAGGCAUUUUCAAAUAAACUGAGAUAGCAUUGCUGUAUGGGUUUUUUCCUUCUGCUUCACAUUAACAAGGUUUUCAGGUUUUAUGAUAAUGAUGUCUCUGGAAUAGUGUGGGAAGUAUAGAGUCUGGAGAAAAUGGGUGCGUCUAUCUAAAAACUGUUCUGUAAAUUUGACGCAAGAUUCUGCUUUAAGUAUUUGGAACAAAAUUUGUGUUCUUUCACUUUGGUUCACCUUAGACAUACAGUAAGUGCUCAUGAAGGUCAGAGGCCUGGGGAGCCAUCAUUUGUCUGCGAUACCAGCACAGUCAUGCUAGAGUCAUGUUUGUACUGCUAUAAGGACUUCCCAAGAAAUUAAGUUAGCUUUAAAAAACCCCAAUAGACAGGUGUUUAAAAUCAUUACCUUACUGAGGCAAUUCUCUAGCCACAGGUUUUAAUGCAUGCUUUCACUAGGUUUUAUACUUGUCUUAGGAUACAUUCAACAAUUUAAACAGUUCUUUUGUGUUUUUAAAUGGAUACACUUAAAUGUGCUUUUCAUUAAUUUUUUCUUUCAAACUUGAAUAAUAAAGAGGUCUUCAAUAUGCAAAGAAAGAUCAGUAUAGUGACAAUUGGUGCCAUAUAAUCUCUAUCAAAGGUGUAUGAACAAAGAGCCCUGGAGAAACCUAUAUUACUUUUUUUACGUAAACAAAUGUAGCAUUUUAUGUGACAUUUUUUGAGCAAAACUAAGCACUAAUAAGCUCUAGCCCUAUAAAAAGGCCUUGGAAAAAUCUGUGUCUAGCUUAGCUAGGUACAUUAGGUACAAGGUACUAUGGUGCCAUUGACCAAACUGAAGUUUGGAUAAGAAGUAAAUUACAAUAGUAAGACGAAAAAAUGUAACAUAACUAUAGAAAGCUUUGAUAAACAUUUUUUUUCUACUUAAUGUUUUCAGGUAAAUUCUUUCUAAUAUAUUGGUAUACUUAGCUUUGCUCAAAUUGUGAAAUUUUAUAAACACUACAACAGUGGAUGGAAAUGUCUUCAGGACACAGAAGGAAAGCUGUAGUAUCUGACAUGUAUAAUUAUUUCUACAGUAAUUGUGGAUUUGUGUUAUACAAAUAUAUAUAUGUAUAUGAAUAUAAAAAUGUCAUUUUUGUAUGUGUUUAAAAUACAGCUCUAUAUAAGAAAGCUAAUAUACGGUAAUUUUCAGUCUAAUUGCAGUAUUGAUGUAAAUAAUUGUGAAUGAAGACACAUUUAAAUAAUUUAUUCCUAUAGAUUGUGAAUGUAUUCCAAGCUUCUGCAGUAUGAAGACUUACUUGACUUGAAUGCUGCUUCAUUUUCUGUGCAAAAUGUAAUUUUAACAAAAAAACAAAAUUAUUCAGUUUAGUUGGACAGAUUUAGUGAGAGUUUAUUAUCCUGUUUAUUGAUUUGCACAUGCAAGUUUAAUCCUUCCAGUUUUAUUUCUGUAUUGACACGAAGAUAUGUAAUUGGUAAAGUAUAUAUUAUGUGUCUAGAAUGCAUUUUGCAGAUGCUAUCUGUAUAUAUUUAAAAUAAAUUUUAAUAAAAAAAAUAAAAAUGAACAAAACGCUGCGCAGCGUAUAACAGAGCCAUUUUCGGCUUUGGAAGUACACAUUUUUCAGUAUUUAAGAAGUGUUUUGAAUAAUGUACGAAAGUCUCUUUAUUGUACAAAUAAAAAUGUCACUUUAUUGUUAAAA